UAUUUUAAAAAAUUAUUAUUUUUAUUUAUAGUAAUAUAAUUUUAAUAUUAUUAAAAUAAUCCGCCCUAUGUGUACAUUAGUCUAAUCUCACACCUUGAACUCAUGUGAAAAAGGAAGCAUAAUUUUUGAGUCUAAUUUUCUUUAUAUUAUGAUAUAAUACAUAUACCGAAGGGAGCAUACCAAGGGAGAUUGGAAAUUGUACUCUUCUUGAGAUACUGUCCAUGGACAGAAACAACUUCACAGGUAGAAUACCUCUUGAGAUUGGAAACCUACAAAAUUUACAAAUAGUGCAUUUGUCCUUUAACAACUUAAAUGGCUCUAUUCCCCAUGCUCUCUUCAAUAUCUCAACAAUGAAAUGGAUUGCAAUGACCAGCAAUAAUCUGUCAGGAAAUCUUCCAACAAGCUUAGGCCUUCACCUUCCAAAUCUUAUUUGGCUUUACCUUGGUAUUAAUAAGCUUAGUGGACCAAUUCCUAGCUACAUUUCCAAUGCCUCUAAACUUACUAUCUUAGAAUUGCCUAGCAAUUCGUUCACUGGUUUCAUUCCUGAUUCUCUUGGAGAUUUAAGGAAUUUGCAGACUCUGAAACUUGGAGCUAAUCUUCUGAGUAGUAAGAAGACAUCACAAGAAUUGACCAUUUUCUCCUCACUGAAAAAUUGCCAAAACUUGAAGUACUUAUGGCUUAGCUACAACCCACUGGAUGGCUAUCUUCCACAUUCUAUUGGAAAUUUAUCAAAUUCUCUGGAGUCAUUUCUUGCCAGUGAUGGAUUAAUAAAGGGUAGUGUCCAUGAAAGUAUUGGCAAUUUAAGCAGUUUGACAAGACUAAAUCUUGGAAAUAAUGAUUUGACAGGAAGAAUUCCAACUACAAUUGGAACAUUGAAACAUCUUCAAGGUUUGUAUCUUCAUGGAAAUGACUUGGAUGGAUCCAUCCCAAGUGAGUUAUGUGAUUUAAGGACAUUGUACAAUUUAGAAUUGACAGGUAACAAGCUCUCUGGAUCGAUACCUACUUGCUUCAGUAAUCUUACAUCUCUAAGAAACCUCUUCUUAGCCUCCAACAGAUUUGUUUCAACCAUAUCUUCAACUUUAUGGACAUUAAAAGAUAUCUUGCAAGUGAACUUGGCUUCAAACUACUUAACCGGUUCUCUCCCAUCAGAGAUUGAAAAUUUGAGGGCUGUUUAUAUGAUAAAUAUAUCGAAGAAUCAACUAUCUGGCGAGAUCCCAAUUUCCAUUGGAGGCCUUCAAGAUCUUGCUCAACUGUACUUAUCUGGGAAUAAGUUACAAGGCCCUAUUCCUCAAUCGGUUGGCGACAUAAAGAGCUUGGAAUUCUUAGACUUGUCAAGUAAUAAUCUCUCUGGAAUGAUUCCCAAGUCCUUGGAGAAUCUCUUGUAUCUCAAGUAUUUUAAUGUCUCCUUCAAUUACUUACAAGGAGAAAUACCUGAAGGAGGAUCAUUUUCCAACUUCUCAGCUCAGUCAUUUAUAGGAAAUGAAGCAUUAUGUGGCUCUGCUAGACUACAAGUUUCCCCUUGCAAAGAUGAUGAUUCUCGAGCAACAGAAACUCCUGGUAGUAAGAUUGUACUUAGAUAUGUCUUGCCAGCAAUUGUGUUUGCAGUCUUUGUGCUUGCCUUUGUUAUCAUGUUAAAACGAUAUUGCGAAAGAAAAGCAAAGUUUUCCAUUGAAGAUGAUUUCCUAGCUUUGACAACAAUAAGAAGAAUUUCAUAUCAUGAACUUCAGCUUGCAACAAAUGGAUUUCAAGAAAGCAACUUUCUUGGUAUGGGAAGUUUUGGGUCAGUGUACAAAGGAACUUUAUCAGAUGGGACAGUGAUAGCAGCAAAGGUUUUCAAUUUGCAGCUAGAAAGAGCUUUCAAGAGCUUUGAUACUGAGUGUGAAGUGCUGCGUAAUCUUCGUCACCGAAAUCUUGUCAAGAUCAUCACUAGCUGUAGCAGUCCUAAUUUUAAAGCUUUAGUACUUGAAUUCAUGCCUAAUUGGAGCCUUGAGAAGUGGUUAUAUUCUGAUGACUAUUUCUUGAAUAACCUUCAGAGAUUGAAUAUUAUGCUAGAUGUGGCAUCAGUAUUAGAAUAUCUCCAUCAUGGCUACACUAUUCCUAUGGCGCAUUGUGAUAUAAAACCUAGCAAUGUAUUGCUAAACGAAGAUAUGGUUGCUUUUCUGGCUGAUUUUGGCAUUUCAAAACUUUUAGGUGAAGAGGGUUCUAUGAUGCAAACCAUGACACUAGCCACUAUUGGUUACAUGGCACCAGAGUAUGGAUCAGAAGGGAUUGUAUCAGUAAGAGGUGAUGUCUACAGCUAUGGUGUUCUAUUAAUGGAAACCUUUACUCAAAAGAAACCCACAGAUAAAAUGUUCACAGAGCAACUGAGCUUGAAGAGUUGGGUUGAACAAUCAUUGUCUUGUGAAGUUACUCAGGUUAUUGAUGCCAAUUUGUUAGGGAUAGAAGAAGACCAUCUUGCAGCAAAGAAAGACUGCAUAGUCUCCAUAUUGAAGUUGGCUUUACAAUGUUCUGCAGAUUUACCACAUGACAGGAUAGACAUGAAACAUGUUGUUACCACUCUCCAGAAGAUUAAGACCAAGUUUCUAAGAGAUAUUAGGCAACUUAGUUAGCAUCAUUGAUCAUGCAUUAUGAAUAUAGAAUUCUUUAUCUUAAUUAUCAUUCUAUUCAUAUAUAAAUGCAUUUCAGCAAUAAACAGUAAUUCAAUUA